AGCUGCAGUUCACCAUUGUUGCCAGACAUGGGUGGACAGAGGGACGCGAAAGUAGUGAUCAUAGGAUGUGGGAUAGCUGGUAUAGCAGCAGCACAUAAACUGGUAAAAGCUGGUUUUCAUCAUGUGCGGAUACUGGAGGCGACAGGAAGAAGCGGAGGACGAAUAAAAACAGGAAGGAUCGGUGAUAAAAUUGUUGAGAUAGGAGCAAACUGGAUCCAUGGGCCGUGUGAGGAGAACCCAGUGUUUUGUCUGGCCCGUCAGUAUGGACUUUUGGAUCCAGAGGCCCUCAAGCCAGAGAACCAGGCCUUGGAUGUCGGAGGCCAUCUUCCUUGGGUUCCCAGAUUCUUCAGCAGUUCAGGUCGGGAGCUGAACGCUGAGGACAUCUUACCUGCUCAGAAAUUGUUUUUGGAGCUGAUAAAUGAAAGUUCCGAUUUUCAGAGUCAAAGAGGAGAACCCUGGCCCAGUGUGGGAGAUUUCUUACGGGCACAGGUGCAACAGCAUGCAGCAGAGAAAUGGAAAGAUGUUGAUGAAGCCACCACAUCUCUGCGACUCUGUGUGAUCAGUAACAUGCUGAAGGUUGAGUGCUGUGUCAAUGGGACUCACAGCAUGGAUGAGGUCAGCAUGGGGGCCUUUGGCCUAUACAAGACUCUACCUGGACUGGAUUGUACAUUCCCAGGUGGCUAUGAAGGUCUAACCCAGAACUUGAUGGCAGAGCUCCCCGCUGGUUUAGUGACCUACAAUAAGCCUGUGCGCUGUGUCAACUGGAACAGCGCAGAGCCUGUGAUGGUUGAGUGUGAUGAUGGCCAAAAGCUCGUCGCUGAUCACGUUAUAGUCACCGUGCCGCUCGGAUACUUGAAGAAGCACCACUUGACCCUGUUCCAUCCUCCUCUCCCUCUGCACAAGCUGCUCUCCGUCCAGAGGCUGGGUUUUGGGACAAACAAUAAAAUAUUUGUGGAGUUUGAUUCACCGUGGUGGGAUGCUGACUGUGAGGUCAUCUUCUUUGUGUGGGAAGAUGAGGAUGCUGUGGUGGACCAGGUGCCAGAUGUGCAAACAUCCUGGAUAAAGAAGUUGUUUGGCUUCACUGUACUCAAACCCACUGAAAGGUACGGUCACCUUCUCUGUGGUUGGAUUUCUGGACAUGAGUCAGAGUACAUGGAAACACUGUCUGAACAGCAGGUCACAGAUGCCAUCACACAGCUUAUUCGCAGGUUUACAGGGAACCCCAUCAUCACUCCGAGGAGAGUCCUGCGCUCCCAGUGGUUUCACGAUCCGUGGACGUGUGGAUCCUACAGUAAUCUUGGAAAAGGCUGUUCAGAGCAGGACCUGGACAACUUGAUGGAGCCCCUUCCACCAAAAGGAUCAAAAUCACAACCCCUGCAGGUGUUGUUCGCUGGAGAGGCAACUCAUCACUGCUACUUCUCAACCGUCCAUGGAGCUGUUCUCACCGGGUGGAGAGAAGCUGAUAGACUUAUCUCGCACUACUCACUCAUUACUCCUUCUGAGUUUCCAAAGCCAAAGUUUUAAAAAAUUGCUCUUUGCCACUAAAAAGCUCAAAUUUACUAUAAUAUAAAAAUGUACCUCACUUUUGAUGUGUGUUACAUUAUUUUCAAACAAUGAAAAUCAGAGUGAAUAUGAAGGCUUUCUGCUGACUUGAGGAUGUUUAAUGGACCUCACUGGUACUUUCAACCAGUACAGGCAACCCACACAAUGUGUAGAAUAAUGAUGUGUUGACAUGAAUAAUGGUUGUUAAUACUGACUGUGCAAAUUUGUCAUUUGAGGACUGACGAUGACUGACUGAACUUUCCUUUUGCAAACUCGAAUUGUUGCGUUUGGACUGAUUUUAAUUAACUAUGAAUAAACUGUAUUUUCUAGUG